AUAAAAUCGCAUGAUUGUUAUGAAAUUAUGAAUGACGAGUAUAGAAAAAAUAUAAUGGCUAUUACAUAUGGCUACACCAUAUAAAGUGCGUAAGCGAGCUGAAAAAGCAAUAUAGAAAUAGGAAGAAAACGCUGCAUAGGGGCGUUGUUUACAAGGCCUUGCGUUUUGUAGAAUAAUGCAUGUAUAUUCGUACAGUAAAUGUAGUGUAACACCGAUGAAUGAGCUAUGUCAGCAUACAUGCUUGAUUAGACAAAAAUAUAAGGAGACUCUAUGCAGUGUUUUCUUUCUAUUUUUUAUCGCAUCUACUUACACGAGUAUAUGACUCGUAUAGCGUACUCUAUCUUUAUAUCUCUACGUUUAUGCAUAUGAUCAUAUGACUAUUUCCAUCUAUAGUGAAUUAUAUACUGUUUUGUAAAUAUCGAUUUUUAUUUGAAUUAAGCAUGAUUCAAAAGGUAUUAGUGUGUAUCGUUCCAUUUUUUGUACGGUUAAAUCAAUUUUACAAUCGAAUAGUCGACUAUCGCGUGGUUAUCCAUACUGUUUAACGAGAUUACCGUAUUUUGUAGAAAAACGAAACCAUGUCAAAGAUUUUCUGCACUUCGAAGGAUAUAGUAAAAAAUGUACUAAUCUGCUUUGGUCUUAAUAUUAUCAAUGCUAUCAAACAUUAGAAAUCUUAGAAAUGUUACGACGAAACAGAUUGAAGAAUAAAGCGAUUGCAAUUGGUCUUCUGGUGCUGGCUGUUGUAAUUUACAAUGAAUUUUCAGUGUAUGAUAUACAAAAGUUAAAAUGGUCAGUACGAGAGUGUUCAGAAUGUGUCAAGGUGCUGCUCGUUGCUGAUUCUCAGAUAUUAGGUCAAAAGAAUGAAAAUUAUUUUGGCUCAUGGAUUGCACAGUGGGAUAGUGACAAGUACUUAAAGAAAACAUUUUCUAGAGCCUUAGACCACUCUAAUCCUCAUGUUGUUAUAUUUCUUGGGGAUCUUAUGGAUGAAGGACAUAUUGCCAAUGCAGAAAGUUUUAAGGAUUACAAAAGAAGAUUAGAUUCUAUCUUUGAAAUGCCUGAUCAUAUAAUGAGAAUUUAUCUACCAGGAGAUAAUGAUAUUGGAGGUGAAGAGGAUGUAGUUUCAUCCAAUAUUUAUAACAGAUUUAAUUUUGCAUAUAGUCAACCUGACACUUUAGUUUAUAAGACAGUAACAUUUUUUAAGGUGAAUAGAUUAACCCAUACAAUGCCAGAAGCACCAAAAGAUGCCUUCCUUAAUGAUUAUGCAGAAAGAAACACAACAAACGUAGUACUUAGUCAUAUGCCUUUAUUAUUUAUGCCUGGUACCUUCGUCCAAAAUGUACUGAAAGAAUUGUCUCCCCAAAUUAUUUUUACUGCACAUGAACAUAAGGCCAUGCAUAUCAGUUUAGAUCCAGUAACAGAUCAAUUAAGUGACAUUUGGGUUUUAUCUCCUUAUGAAACUCUAGUACAUUCAUUAAGAAUGGACGUAGGUGAUAUUCACGAGUUGCAAAUACCCACAUGUUCAUACAGAAUGGGUACUCCUCAUACGGGUUACGGACUUGUUUACAUCGAUACACAAGAGAAAAUGAUAAAUUUUACAAUUUUAUGGCUCCCAGGAAGAUUUCCUCAAUUAUGGAUUUACGUUUUCGUUGGGAUAUUUAUUUUAGCUUUUAGUGUUUGCACGUGUAUUUCUAGUUAUUGUGUAAAGGGUCGUGCAGCAUAUAGUCGUAUGUCUUCAAUAUAAAGCAGCACAUAAUCAAAAAUACGUAAAAAAUACUUGAAUAUUGAAAAUCUGAAAUAUGAUAAUUUGACAUCAGAGAUGGGGUAUAAAGAUCCGUCCAAUGUAAGUGAUUCUAUUACUAUCCAUGUCAAGUUUUGAAUGGAAUGGUAAUUUGAUGUUUAACAAGGAAGAUUUACUUAUUAUCAAAUAUGAAUAACGUAGUUCUUAAAAUAUGUUCCUAACAACUAAAUAUGGUUAACACUUAAAAACGAACAACUUCAUUCGUGGUAUGUUCAUGGCUUAUAUACACCAACUAUUUGUUAAAUUUAGUAUUUAGGAAUAGUAUUUUAACACGAUGCUAUAUUUAUUUGUUUUUCGUUUAAAUAAGUUCGUAGUUGCAAAUUACAAGGCUGAAGUAAUAUAUCUUCUGUAGUAUGUAAAUCCCUUUUUUACCCAUUAUAAUCUAUAGUACAAUGUCAAAUGUAAACGUAAGUACUUAAAGUGUCGUCUAUAUUGAAAAUUAUAUAUAUUAAAAAUCAUCUAUAUUGAAAGUCAUCUAUAUUGAAAGUCAUCUAUAUUUCUCCUGUUUAAAUAAAUUAAAAGAGAUUAUGAGCACUGUAUUAAUAUAGCAGAACAUUGUUAAUUCUUUUAGAAGAAAUGGUUUAUAUUUGUGUGUGAAAAUGUAUAUACGUUCGCCCAAAAUAUAUAAAUAUAACAUGUUAAAACUUGA